UACAGAGACAUCUUUAAAUUAUAGCACAUUUAAACUCAAGCAACAAUUUUACUUCCUCUUUCAUUUUGAAUGGUCAGGAGUUGAUAGAAUUGAAGACAGAAUGACAUUACAUUGUUCAGUUGUUGCAGAUAAUUUAGGAGAAUUUGAGUAAACCUUGCAGAGGGAAUUAAAAAAACAUCGAGACUUGACCAACGAGUUAAGUCAAAAAUGGCAUCCUGGGAAAACACAGAGUCAAAUGGACAUUAUGAUUUUGGCAUCCUAUAUGAAGAAGACUAUGAUGAGGAUAUGGCAGUAAAAAUUACGGAAUAUUUAGAAACUCAGGGAAAGAUUAGAGGUUAUGUUGCUGGUAGAGAUGCUAAUUUAGGAGAAAGUAUUUUUGUGAGCUUACAAAUUAUUGCGGAAAGGACUAAAUUCACAUUGAUACUGUUGACAAAAAAAUUCUUGGACAGUGCACAAGGGUUGAAUCGUUUAAAGCAACAAGUGACACAAUUCUCUAAAGCAGAAUCGGGAAAGUUGGAUACCAUCAUACCUAUUAUGUUUGGAAUUAAUGAGACAGAAAUUCCUUUUGAACUGAAGGGGAUACCUGCUGUGAGGUUAGAUGAGGGAAAGAUGGAGGCGUGUUGUCAGGAGGUGUUACAGGUGAUGGAGAAAGGUUCCAACAAGAAGGAGUUUCUUGCUGGUAUCCCUGGACCAAGUCCUGUUAGAGAUCUCCGCAGCAUAACUCUGGAUAUAGCAAGAUGUCUUGAUAAGGAAGACACAAACAGAGCUAAACUGCUGCUGUGGGACCAUGUCAGUGCACCUAAAAAAUCCAAACUGCUGAAGGUUGAAAACGGACUAGGGCUCAUGGAUUUUAUGGCACAGCAAGGUCUUAUAACAGACAAGGAAUACAGCUAUAGUCUCCUCCAUGAAGUCUUAAAGAAAAUGGGCAAGAAAGAUCUCGUUCAAAUCUUGCAGCAGAAUAUUGGAUCCAAGCUUACUGUUAAUGAUCAGAUUUCGCCAUUCCGUAAAUUACUCUAUGAGUGUACAUUACAUUUAGAAAAAGCUCCCGGACAAAUUAAUUUGUUGAAGAACCUACUGAUCCCUUUAAAAAUGGCGGGAGAUGAUUUCACUGCCUUUGAGUUGGUAUUGCAACUUGAAAUGAUGGAUAAACUUGAUGAUUUAAAAAAGAACCAUUAUGUUUCAUGGGAUGGAUUACUGCUUGAUAUAGCACACAAACUUCAGGAGAAAUGCCCCGAUAUCAAAAUAAGAGAUUUUCUCCAAGCAGCUGUUCAACACAUUGACUUUUCAAAUCUGGACUCUGAACAAUAUCCAUUGACUGCAAACACAGGACUAUUGCCUCAAGAAACACCAUCCAACAUUCCUGGCAAAAAUGGGUCUGCUGUGGAGACAAAAGAUGAGGAUCUUACAUCAAACAUCCAGUAUGAGAAGAUAAGUGCAAUGGAAAUGAAACAAUACAUCAAACAGUCGCCCUGUAUUGGGAAGGGAGGUUUUGGAAAAGUUUACAAAGGCUGCAAAAAGUACAGGAAUGUUGAGGUGGCAAUAAAGGUAUCUCAUGAUAAUGCAUCUAGGAUUGCUAAUUCAGAUUCUGACAAACAGUUCCAAAUGGAAUUACAGACAGCUCCUAUCAAGAACCCUUUUGUAGUGCCAAUAUUUGCAGUAACUCAAUUAAUAGGACAACCAUACUGCAUAAUGUAUCCUUACAUGGAGGGCGGAGACUUGGAGAAUCGUUUAUUCCAGAAGAAUGGAUCCCAGAAAGGAGUGUUGACAUGGAAAGAGAGGGUUCAGAUUGCCUACCAUGUGUCUCAAGGUCUACUAUGCUAUCAUACUGUAGUACCAGAUGUCAGGGAAAAGCCAAUUCUACACCGUGAUGUCAAACCUGGCAAUAUUCUCCUAGACAAACUAGGAAAUGCCUGUCUCUCAGACCCUAGUUUAGCAAAGGAAGUAGAUGAAGCCAAGUCCAGCGUAACAGCUCCUGGGAUGGGUGGUACUCCAGGCUAUAUAGAUCCUGAUAUUGCAAGUCGCUUUAUUAAGGAUGGGCAAAAGUUCAAGUUUUAUGAGAGGAAUGAUGUUUAUAGUUUUGGCAUAGUGAUGCUACAACUGUUGCUGAACCAAGGUCCAUUCAUAGAUCAAAAACAAAUUGUUGAAUAUUUGAAAGAUGAACAUAUUUUGGAUUUUGGAGCACCCCUCAGCCAAAAUGUUCAUAAUUUAGCCAGUCAUACGGCAAAGAUGAGUUCAGAGUUAAUGGAUAAUAAAGAGUUUUGUGAGCUGAUCCUAGGUGCUAUUCAUGCAGAUACAAAACAGAGGUUGCCUCUUCAAGACAUUUCUAAGCGCCUACAGGUUCUUUGUGAGAAAGUUGGACAAACGGCUUACAAUUACGAAACAAAUAAAGAAUCACUGGAAUUGUGUGUUGGCUGCAAAUUGAAUAAAGUUGCCAAAUACUUAAGUUUGAGAUCAGCAAAUUGUGAUAAUCCUGCAUCUCCUUGCUGUCUAUACUGCAAGGAUUGCUACAUGUUGGCAUAUAGAAACCCCUUGGUUUGCCCCACUCAUGGACCUGCAGAGCCACCUAUAGGUCACAAGAACACAUAUGCUGUUGUGGUGGGAGCUUAUCACUUUGGAAUAGGCCAAUACAUAUUUGCUAGAGAUGCACUCGGUAUUUCCAAUGCCCUCUCUGACCACAGGAUCAUAGGAGGACUUAGGGAGGGUAAAAAUCUGUUCACCUAUUCACCAGCACUUACCACAGCAAAACCAACAUCCUCUAAUAUCUUGGAUAGAAUACGCCAGAUCAAAGAGGAAGUGGCCAACCUUGAGGAUGCAACAUUUAUAUUUUACUAUUCUGGCCAUUGCUGUAAUGGAACAGAACUUGUCCUCAAAGAGGGAAGUGAUGUUCUCUCCCAGGAUCAACUUUGUGAAUUGUUUAGCGAUUUGAAUGUGGUUGAAUUGUUAGUGGUGAUGGACUGUUGCUAUGCUGCAUCCUUUGAUACUCUAUCAAGAAGCUCAUCUACAUCAUCAACUGAUCACCAUGCCAACAAAUGUCAAUCUGAAAUACCUAUCCUUGUGAAAGAUACCAAUGGAGAAGCCACACAUAAAGCUCGUCCUGAAGGACACGAUGGGACUGACGGUGCACAAAAUAAACCAGGACCCAACCAAUCAGACAGUUCAAGAUUUUGCCAGGUGCAAUGGUCAGCUUCUGGUCCAGAUCAGCAAGCUCGAGGAUUUGUAAAUGAAUACAGUAUGUUUACAAAACAUUUUAUAGCUGGUCUACAGAGUGGGGUACAGUGUGCUCUAAACAAAAAGAAUUGCAAACCUUGUGAAAAAUUAAGAAAAUUAUCAGAGGUUCAUGAAUGUGUAACUUUACCAAACCUGGGGGAUUAUGUCUCUGAUCAUAUUGCUAUGGAGGCACACGACAAAGAACUUUCCCCACAGCAACCACAAACACAUGGAUCAAUGAGAGAGAUCUUCAAGAUGGCAUAUUCUAACAGCAAGCAAUUAUACUAUGAAUAUCCUUGCAGACAUGGAAGGGACAACCUUGGUAAAGCGCGUAUUGAAAGAAUACAUGAAGAUUUCGAAGUUCUGAAGAGCCAAAUAUGGAGAAGUAUACAAGGGUUCAUAUCAAGAUGCAUCACUAAAGAUGAUCUUAUAAUAUCCUCUGACAAAUGUCCCAUCUCAGACAUUGCGAGAUUCAACAAUUGUAAGGACCGAGGGUCUGCAAUAGAGGUCUAUAUCUUAGAUGAACUGAAGCAACUUACUCCAGACCAUGCUGUGUUCUUAAGAGAUGGUGACUAUGAAGCUGUGAUCAAGGUGUUGGAUAGCUGGAAGGUUUUUGUGGAGCAACGUGACUUGGAAUGUGGGCUAUUAGAGGGAGUGAAGUUACAUAAGCUGCCACUCAAUCAACAGGAGUGUUCUGAUGGGGUUGCUGGAAGGUUCCAAGUGUCUGUUCCCAAGGACACGAGUAUUGACUUCAACGCCACCUGUUGGGAGGAACUAGAGAAUCACAGUUGUUUUGAUUUAAUUGAGAUUUUGCGGUUCAUAUCAAGAUGCAUCACUAAAGAUGAUCUUAUACUAUCCUCUGACAAAUGUCCAAUCUCAGACAUUGCAAAAUUCAACAAUUGUAAGGACCGAGGGUCUGCAAUAGAAGUCUAUAUCUUAGAUGAACUGAAGCAACUUACUCCAGUCCAUGCUGUGUUCUUAGAUGAUGACUAUGAAGCUGUGAUCAAGGUGUUGGAUAACUGGAAGGAGUGUUCUGAUGGGGUUGCUGGAAGGUUCAAAGUGUCUGUUCCCAAGGACAAGAGUAUUGACUUCACUGCCACCUGUUGGGAGGAACUAGAGAAUCACAGUUGUUUUGAUUUAAUUGAGAUUUUGCGAAUGUGUCAGCAAAAACAUGCAGCUAUAAACAUUCAAGUGCAGUCGGAUGGUUAUAUCAGAUUUGAAAUGAUUUUACGUCACUAG